AUGGGAGGAAUACGUCCAGCACCACCUCUCGCUAUUUUCAAUCAAUUUAUAAUGGAUCAACUUCGACAUGAUCAUCAAGCUUUACAACGACAAUUGGAAACAACAACUCCAGAAAAGGAACAUUUUCGAAUUAGAUGUGAACAACUUGAAACUGAACUUGAACAAAUUCGAACUGAACAUAAUCAAAUGAAACGUGAAUUUGAAAUAUUUAAAUUGAAAAUGCAAUUAAACGAGCAAACACCAAAAUAA